GUGAAAAGAAGGAGAGGCAUGUGAAUCUCUCUCCUCAAUUUUCCUAGAGAGAGAAAGAGAGUUUUUGGGAAUUGCUAUAUACAAUGGCUUCUACAUCAGGAGGUGACAUUUGGUCAGAGGUAAUGGUCACUGAAGAGAGAGAAGCUAAAGAAAUAAAUGUUGUUUAUAGAAGAAGAAAACCUGCGAAUAUCAGCCAAUGUCCUAGGGCAAAUGCCCUAAUUUCCCAAAUCAAUGAGAAAAACCCAGUGAAAAGGAUGGAUAGUUGGAGGAAUAGCUGGAUCAACCGUUCUCUAUGCGCAAGAGGGAGGAAGAGUAUGGUUGUGUCUGGGGUUGCAAACGUAGGGGUUCAACCCAUCAGAGAGGAAGGAAAGAAGAAAUCAAGACCAGCAGUUCGUAAUUUGUUGCAGAACAAAAUGGUACAACCUUCUCCGGACUAUGUAAAGAAGUGGGUUUCAUACUUUGAAGAGGUUGAUGCCUUCACACUGGAUGAGGAAAGUGCAUCCCCCAAAGUGAGAGGUCGUUGGCAAAGAAACUCUGAGUUGCCCCAAUUUGGUUUGAAGGGCAAUGGUGAAACCUCUAUGCUCAGCAUUGUUGAAGGUUUACGCUUGAGUUGGAUUGCGAGGGCUAUUGAUGAAAUUCAACUUCAUGAUAAUGAGGCUGAGAGCCCAAAACCUGAUUCCUGUUAUAAACAGUCCGAAAUGCCUGAUGAAGAACUGGCUCUGGUACCUGUGGAACCAACAAAAGCUUCUGAGAUUAAUUCAUUUACCAAUUUGCUGAAGCUUUGUGGGCAGUCUUCUCCUCAAAGUUUGUCAGAGGUGAUUUCCAAAUACAGUUUAAAUAAAAAUGAUGUAAUUAAGAUUGGUGAAGGCACGUAUGGAGAAGCUUUCAAGUGUGGUGGUAGUGUCCUCAAAAUAGUACCUUUCGGUGGUGAUCUCCAAGUGAAUGGAGAAGUACAAAAGGGAUCUGCAGAACUGUUUGCUGAGGCUUUUCUCUCCCUCAUUAUUAAUAGUCUACGGGGAGGCGACACAUCAUGUCGCAAUUUUAUAGAAACCAAAGAGAUACGGGUGUGCCAAGGUGCCUACAAUGCUACUUUGAUAGGUGCAUGGGAAGAUUGGGAUAUGAAUCAUGUAUCAGAAAAUGACCCUCCAACGGCUUUUCCGGGAAAACAGUGCUAUGUUGUCUUUGUUCUAGCUCAUGGGGGUCAAGAUCUUGAAAGCUUUGUGCUUAGAAGUUUUGAAGAAGUACAGAGUUUGCUGAUACAAGUUACAGCUUCCUUAGCAAUAGCUGAAGUGGCUUGCGAGUUUGAGCAUCGUGAUUUGCAUUGGGGAAACGUCCUUUUAUCUCGAGAUGAAACUUCAACAUUAGAAUUCAGCCUUCAAGGAAGAAAAAUGUGGGCCAAGACUUUUGGGCUCUCAGUAUCUAUAAUCGACUUCACACUUUCUCGAAUCAAUGCUGGAGAUACUAUUCAGUUUCUGGACUUGUCUGCUGAUCCUGAGUUAUUUAACGGUCCCAAAAGAGACAAGCAGUCAGAAACAUAUCGAAAGAUGUUGGAGGUCACAGAAGGAUGUUGGGAAGGAAGCUUCCCGAAGACGAAUGUGUUGUGGCUACACUAUUUGGUGGACAUUUUACUGACCAAGAAGUCAUAUAAACAUACUGACAAGGAUUUAAGAGAUCUUCGAUCCUUGAGAAAGCGAUUACUCUCAUACGAUUCAGCCAAAGCGGCAGUCUCUGAUUGCUUCUUUAAUGAAUUGUGGGUUGAUCUCAUUGAAGGAGUUGUAAACAACUGAGAAUGGAGGUUUGAGGUAAGGUAUUUCCCCUGUACUAUAUUUUUGGACCCUUAUCAUUUUCUCUAAAUGUUCACUACUUUUGGAGCAUUUUUCAAGCUCCGGUAAAUAUCUUAGCACCAUGUAACAAGGUUAUAUAUUAUGAAAGAGUUUAGAUUUCACCCCUUGUACAAAUACGGGCGUGUAAUGACUUAUAAUCAGAAAAGUAUACAAUAAGAACUUGGUACAA